AUGGCGACGUACGGUUCGACGUACAAUGUGACUGUAGGCGCCAAUGGCAAGUUCGCCUAUGAUCCCGAAUACGUCUACGCUGCGCCAGGCGAUGUGAUUAAUUUUAUUUUUGAGCCGAAGAAUCACACAGUAACCCAAUCGUCUUUCGAGGCUCCCUGCGUUCCUCUGAAUGGCGGUAUUAACUCUGGAUUCGUUCCAGUUGCGCCAGACAACAAGUACCUAUCUGCGUUCCAAGUCAAGGUCGUCGACGACAACCCCGUUUGGUUCCACUGCGAACAGACCGGCCACUGCGGAGCUGGGAUGGUGUUCGCCAUCAAUCCUCCUCCUGGGACAUUCGAUCAGUUCAAGGCCCUGGCCAUCGCUACGGGUGGUCCCUUUCCCCCUCCUCCAACUGUGAGUACGACUACGGAUUGGGCCAAGCCCACCAAGCCCGUACCCGUCGACCACAAGAUCAUCGUUGGAGUAAACGGAACGCUCGCCUAUAGUCCCCCGAAUAUCACUGCUGCUGUUGGCGAUACAGUCACGUUUAAAUUCCAACCCAAGAAUCAUACGGUUACCCAGAGCAACUUCGCUAACCCAUGUGUGCCUUUGGAGACUUCGACUGGAACGGUCGGGUUCUUCUCCGGAUUUAGGCCGGUUUCUGCAAAUGCGACAUACAUCCCGACGUUCCAAAUUACCGUUAACGAUACCAACCCAAUUUGGGCCUAUUGCAGCCAGACUGUGCCCGUCAGUCACUGUGCAUCAGGCAUGGUUUUCGCCAUCAAUGCUCCCGAGAGUGGGCCGAACACCUUUGCGGCGUUCAAGGCACUUGCCAUUGCAACGAAUAAAACUUCCUAUUGA